AACAGAGAGGGAGUAAGGUGUCUUACACUAAACAAACAGAUAUGUUUGGCACCGCUGCUACAACCACUACCGCCGCCGCCGCCGCCGCCGCCGCCGCAAACACUGCCCAAGCGGCGCGCACUGACUUAUUAUGUGCUUUUCGAAGGAACACUAUUGCUUCCUCUUCUUCUUGGUAUCAUCCGAUUGCGUGCAUUCAGGUUCAUUCUCCGUCGCUGUGGUCGAGCUGUGGUGGACCCAUCAGAGCCAUGGCUGAGUCUCAAACUCCUUCUGUUUCAAAAGACGAGGCCCAACCCUCCUAUCCGGGGAACAAACAAGCAUUGAUAUCUUUAUCGGACAAGAAGGACCUGGAAUUUCUUGGUAAUGAGCUUCAAGAAUUGGGAUAUAUGAUUGUUUCAACUGGAGGAACUGCAACUGCCUUAGAGAAUGCUGGCAUCUCCGUAACUAAAGUAGAACAGCUUACAUCUUUCCCAGAAAUGCUUGGUGGUCGUGUUAAAACCUUACAUCCCAACAUACAUGGGGGUAUUCUUGCUAGAAGAGACCAAAAGCAUCACAUGGAAGCUCUUAACAAACAUGGAAUUGGUACAUUUGAUGUAGUGGUGGUGAACUUGUACCCUUUUUAUGAUAAAGUUACUUCCACUGGAGGAAUUAAUUUUGAGGAUGGAAUUGAGAAUAUUGACAUUGGUGGCCCUGCCAUGAUUAGAGCUGCUGCAAAGAAUCACAAGGAUGUCUUGAUUGUUGUCGAUUCACAAGACUAUCCUGCUCUUAUAGAGUUUCUAAAACGAAAUCACAAUGAUCAACAGUUCCGUAGAAAGCUUGCUUGGAAGGCUUUUCAGCAUGUUGCUUCUUAUGAUUCUGCAGUUUCAGAGUGGCUAUGGAAACAGACAGUUGGAGAUAAAUUCCCUCCCAGUUUAACUGUGCCACUUUCCCUCAAAAGUUCACUUCGCUAUGGAGAAAAUCCCCAUCAGAAGGCUGCUUUUUAUGUUGACAAAAGCCUCUAUGAGGUCAAUGCUGGUGGUAUUGCAACCUCUAUUCAGCACCAUGGAAAGGAGAUGUCAUACAAUAACUAUCUAGAUGCUGAUGCUGCUUGGAAUUGUGUGUCAGAUUUUAAGAACCCUACAUGUGUGAUUGUAAAGCACACAAAUCCCUGUGGGGUAGCUUCACGUAAUGAUAUCCUUGAAGCAUAUAGGCUAGCUGUAAAAGCAGAUCCAGUGAGUGCGUUCGGAGGAAUUGUAGCCUUCAACAUAGAAGUUGAUGAGGCUCUUGCUAAGGAAAUCCGAGAGUUUAGGAGCCCAACAGAUGGUGAAACUCGGAUGUUUUAUGAGAUAGUUGUGGCUCCAAGUUACACAAAGAAGGGCCUUGAGAUCCUCCGUGGAAAAUCGAAGACAUUGAGGAUCCUUGAGGCUGAAAAGAAUGAGAAAGGAAAGCUCUCCCUUAGACAAGUUGGUGGUGGGUGGUUGGCUCAGGAUUCAGAUGACUUAGUCCCUGAAGAUAUCCAGUUCAAGGUAGUGUCUGAGAAGAGUCCACAAGAAAGUGAGCUUCAUGAUGCUGAAUUUGCUUGGCUAUGUGUAAAGCAUGUCAAGAGCAAUGCAAUUGUAAUUGCAAAGAACAAUUGUAUGCUGGGUAUGGGAAGUGGGCAGCCAAACCGCUUGGAGAGUUUGAGAAUAGCUCUAAGGAAAGCAGGUGAUGGGGUCAAAGGAGCAGCUUUGGCUAGUGACGCAUUCUUCCCAUUCGCUUGGAAAGAUGCUGUGGAAGAAGCCUGUGAAAGUGGGAUUGGAGUUAUUGCUGAGCCAGGCGGGAGCAUUAGAGACAAUGAUGCAAUAGACUGCUGUAACAAGUAUGAUGUUUCACUGCUUUUCACAAACGUGAGGCACUUUAGGCACUAAUUCUUGUAUCUCUUCUUGCCUUUUUGGGUUCAACCUUGUGCUUCAAUGUGGGCACUAGAACAUUCAAGUUUUGAUAUCUCAUUAUAUGUCAUCUUAAGAUAUUCCUCUUGAAGAUUCGCAGAAAGAUCUAUGAGAAAGGCAUUAAUGCCUACUGCCUACGCAUUUUUAUGACUUCUUCUUCCACUCAGUCUUGUGACUGUAUUAUUGAACAAGAAAGAUGAAAUUUAUGCCUAAUGUUGUUUUUUUUUUCCUUGUCAAUUUUACACUUCUUAAUUUCCAAAAUGAUGUGAAGAAGUAUGUACCAUAUAUCUUCAUGUGACAUGACCAUAUGAGUGAAGAAUUAACAUCUAAACAAGAUUAAGAACACCAUCAAGUUCUUUUAGGGGCAAAUCAAAAAACUAAAAACUU